GUAGAGAGAAAUGGCACAAUUACACAUCCUUUUUUAAAGUGUCUUGCUCUCUCUCCUCUUUCUCUCUCUAAAUCUGUCUGCUAAUUUUUAGGAGUCCCAAAACCAAAUGCAGGCAUGCAAAAAUUGAGCCCUCCUAUGUUUAAGCUUCAUUCUCGUCGUCACCUUUCUGAAUCGACUUGCCUUCGCCUUCUGUCUUCUCAGGCUCUCAACUAUGCGCCCUUAAAGCUGUUCUUCGUAGCAGCUUUCCUCUUUCCCUAUUCUUCAACCCUCAAGAUUGGCGAAACCUGUUCCAGCUCCAGCAGUAACUGCGACGCCGGCUCGAAUUGCGGUAGCUGCGUUGCCAACGGCAACACCAGGCCUCGUUGCACCCGCAUUCAACCUAUAAAUCCUUUGACUAAGGUAGGAGGGCUGCCUUUUAACAAGUAUUCAUGGCUUACGACACACAACUCGUUUGCUCUGACCGGGCGGAAAUCGGGCGUCGGUUCCGAUCUCCUCGCACCGACUAAUCAAGAGGAUUCCGUUACCGAUCAGCUCAAAAAUGGUGUUCGAGGUCUAAUGCUUGACAUGUAUGACUUCAAUAAUGAUAUCUGGUUGUGUCAUUCCUUUGGAGGGAGGUGUUUAAAUGUGACUGCAUUUCAACCUGCUAUUAAUGUACUGAGAGAAAUUCAAGCUUUUCUUCACGAAAACCCAACAGAAAUUGUCACCAUCUUUGUUGAGGAUUAUGUGGCAUCUCCACAAGGCCUGACAAAAGUGUUCAAUGCAUCUGGGCUUAAUCAAUACUUGUUCCCACUCUCUCAAAUGCCCAAAAAUGGUGAAGAAUGGCCAAUAGUUGAUGAUAUGGUAAAGAAGAAUCAGAGGUUGGUAGUCUUCUCCUCUCAAUCGUCCAAGGAGGCUUCUGAAAUGGUUGCAUUUGAAUGGAACUAUGUUGUGGAAAGUCAGUAUGGGAAUAAUGGGAUGAUUGAUGGUUCAUGUCCCAAUCGGGGAGAAUCUUCCCCAAUGAGUACAUCAUCAAGAUCUCUGGUUCUCAUGAAUUACUUCCCAACUAAUCCUAAUGCAUCAGAAGCUUGCGUGGACAACUCUGCUAAGCUUCUUAACAUGAUGAGGACUUGUUAUAUAGCAGCGGGAAAUCGCUGGCCAAAUUUCAUUGCAGUUGAUUUCUAUAGAAGGAGCGACGGAGGGGGAGCCCCAGAAGCUGUUGAUGAAGCGAAUGGGCACUUAACCUGUGGCUGCGACAGCAUUGCUUAUUGCAGAGCAAACGCAGGGUUUGGCACGUGUGAUGUCCCCCUACUUGCACCUCCACCGCCAUCUCAGCUUCCGCCUUUAGCUCAACCACCUAUCAAUAAUUCUCUGAGUAACAGACCUCUCAUUUCGAUUAUCUUAGUCGUGCUUCUCCUGCUCUGCCUCUAACUAUUCAUUUUCUGUGCAAGAACAAUUCGUGAAGCUUGAGGAUUGUGCGACUACUUCUGAACUCCAUCGCCGCCAAAUUGAAUGGCAAAGACGGAGGUGACGUGACGUCGACAAUGUCGUUGGCUGGGCACCGGAUGAAUCGAGUCUGACAAGCCGGAAACGAUAUGGAAAUCAGUAACCUAACCAUGAUGUAGUAGCAAGUAGUAAGUAGAAAUACAUUUAUUAUAUGUAUAAUUUUUUUUUGAGCGGUAUUAUAUGUAUAAUUGAUUAUUCUAAUUUUACACCUUUUGAGUUUGGAUAUCAAGGGUUCGAACUUGGUCGGUUCAUAUUUUAUAGAUAUGAAGAGUAUUACUAAA